GCGGCUUUGGAGGGAGCGCGCAGAGGAUGCUGCUGGUCUUCGCUGAGGCUGCAGAGGCGGCUGUGUGAGCUCCGGAGGACAGAGCAGCAUCAUCAGCCUAUCCAUCCUAGAAGAGCCCGGGGGGAGCAGGCGGAGAGGAGCCCCUUGGUGGAGGUAUCUGAGUACACUGUUACCUUAAAGCAUGGGAAAUACUGCUGGAAAUAAUUUGAUUGUUUAAAAGCAGCAAACAUUUGAGUUGAUAUCCCUAUGAUACCGGGUUCCGUAUUGUGAAGGAAUCUGUUGUGAUAAGAAGAAAAGCUUCUGUCUCUCAGCGGGAGUAGACUUAGGCAGCUUAAAAUAAUGCAGAAGAAAAGAUUAUUACCCGGCAGAGCUCCUUUGGUCCUUAUUUUGUGCCAAGUACUUACAGCACUAGAAGUGCCACUUGAUCCACAACUUCUAGAGCAAUUACCACAGCCUCCAACUAUAACUCAUCAGUCACCAAAACAUUACAUUGUGGAUCCAAGAGAGAAUAUUGUGAUUAAGUGUGAAGCCAAAGGAAAGCCAUCACCAAGCUUUUCUUGGACUCGCAAUGGCACCCUUUUUGACACAGAAAAAGAUCCACUAGUAACAAUGAAACCAAACUCAGGAACCCUUGAAAUAAAUAUAUUAAAUGGAGGAAAAGCAGAAUCUUAUGAAGGGGAAUACCAGUGCACUGCCAAAAAUGACCGUGGAACAGCUGUAUCAAACAAUAUUAUUGUUCGUCAGUCCAACAUCUUUAUAAUCCUCAAAGCCAUCUUGUUAGAAGGAUCCCCUCUCUGGACAAAAGAGAAAAUUGAGCCAAUUGUGAUGCAACAGGGUAUGCCCCUGGUUUUACCAUGCAAACCUCCAAGAGGUUUACCACCUCCAGUUGUAUUCUGGAUGGAUAACUUUUUCCAGCGACUACCUCAGAAUGGAAGGAUUUCCCAAGGUCUGAAUGGCGAUCUUUAUUUUUCCAAUGUUCAGCCAGAGGAUUCACGGGAUUUUUACAUCUGCUAUGCAAGAUUUAACCUAACUCAGACUAUCCACCAGAAGCAACCCAUUUCCUUAAAGGUUUUGGCAACGGAUUCUAUGAAUGAAACUAUAGCUGCUAAUUUAACUGACACUGAUUUUUAUGGUGACAGCCCUGCAGAUCAUAGAAGUCCAUCACUUUUGGUUCCUACUGGCCAAACAAGUAACAUAACUGUGCUCAGAGGGGAAGUGCUGCUGUUGGAAUGUAUUGCUGAAGGACUGCCUACACCAGAAAUUCGUUGGAAUAAAGAAGGAGCCGAACUACCAAGCGACAGAGUUUUCUACGAAAACUUUAAUAAAACUUUGAAGAUAGUAGAUGUGUCAGAAGCCGAUGCUGGGAAGUACAGAUGUGCAGCUCACAAUAUUAGGGGCUCAGCUCACCACAUCAUAACAGUAAUUGUAAAAGCUGCACCUUACUGGAUCACUGGACCUAAGAAUCUUGUAUUGUCACCAGGAGAGGAUGGCACAUUGAUUUGUAGAGCCAAUGGAAAUCCUCCUCCCUCUAUUACAUGGCUAAUAAAUGGAGUGGCAAUUGAUUUGGCUCCUCAUGACCCGAGCAGAAGAGUAGAAGGGGAUACGGUGAUGUUUACAAAAGUGCAAGAACGAGCUAGCGCUGUCUACCAGUGUAAUGUUUCUAAUAUAUAUGGCUACCAGUUGGCAAAUGCAUUUGUAAAUGUUCUAGCUGAGAAGCCGCGGAUCCUUUCAUCAAAGAAGGUUUAUCAAGUUAUUGCUAAUAAAGCUGCCUUUCUUGACUGCCCCUUUUUUGGGUCACCUGUUCCUCAUAUAGAAUGGUUUAAAGCCAUGCAAGCCAGUGUUCUGUAUGGUAACGGGUAUAUUUUCCAUGAUAAUGGGACACUAGAAGUGCCUGUUGCCCAGAAAGACAGCACUGGGACCUACACAUGUGUAGCCAGAAAUAAAUUAGGAACAGACCAAAAAACUGUCGAGCUGGAAGUCAAAGAUCCAACAAUGAUUAUUUCUCAACCAGAAUACAAAGUGGUUCAGAGAUAUGGUAGUGUAUCCUUUGAAUGCAAAGUUAAGCAUGAUCCCACUCUAGCAGCAGAAGUGCUGUGGCUGAAAGACAACAGUGACCUUCCCAUUGAUGAAAGAUUCAUUGUUGAAAAGGAGCGUCUGACUAUCAAGAACAUAACAGACAAGGAAAAAGGCACUUACACUUGUGUAGCAAAUACUACCUUGGACAGCGCCUCUGCUAGUGCAGUGCUCACUGUUGUUGAAGCUACUCUGCCACCACCUGUAAAGAACGAUCGGCCAGAGGCACCUUCUGAUUUGGAAUUGACUGAUCCUCUUGAAAAGAGCGUGCAGCUGUCCUGGGUGUCAGGAGAUGACAAUAACAGUCCUAUUACUGAAUUUAUCAUUGAAUAUGAAGAUGCCAUGCGUGAACCAGGCAUGUGGCACCUCCAGACCAAAGUUAGCGGUACACAGACUACAGCAUCCUUGAGUCUUUCUCCUUAUGUUAACUACUCCUUCCGUGUUAUUGCUGUUAAUGAAAUUGGCAGAAGUGUCCCCAGUGUACCUUCUGAACGCUAUAUGACAAAGGCAGCAGAGCCUGAUACAAACCCGUCUGGUAUUAAAGGAGUUGGUACAGAGCCAGAUAAUUUGGUAAUCACUUGGAACCCUAUAAGAGGUUUUGACUCCAAUGGACCUGGUCUCCAGUACAAAGUCAGCUGGAGGCAGAAAGAUUUUGAUGAAGACUGGACAGAUGUCACAGUUGCAAAUGUUUCCAAAUACAUAGUGUCUGGCACACCUACCUUUGCUCCUUAUGAAUUAAAGGUUCAAGCAUUAAACGACCUUGGGUAUGCCCCUGAGCCACCUGUUGUAAUUGGACAUUCCGGAGAAGAUCUUCCCAUGGUUGCUCCUGGUAAUGUUGAAGUAGAAGUCAUUAAUGCCACUUUAGCAAAAGUUCAGUGGGACUCUGUCCCUCUGACAUCGGUCAGGGGACACUUGCAGGGAUACCGGGUCUACUACUGGAAAUCACAAAAUCGAACAAACAGAAAUAGAAGACACAUUGAAAAAUGGAUGCUAACGUUUUCUGGAAACAGGACCCAUGGGAUGCUUCCUGGAUUACAGCCAGACACCAACUAUAUCCUUAAUGUGAGAGUUGUCAAUGGCAAAGGGGAAGGCCCUUCCAGCAAGGAUAAAUACUUUGAGACACCUGAAGGAGUUCCUAGUAUGGCAGUUCUACAAAUUCAUCAUCGAACUUCUGAUUCACUGACUUUGACAUGGAGUCCACCACUCCAUCCAAAUGGAGUCCUGACACAAUACACUCUGAAGUAUCAGUCAAUAAAUGCUACACAUGAGCUAGAGCCACCCGUGGAAGUUAUAAUCCCAGCAAAUGAAUCAAGUCAUAUUCUUAAAAAUUUAAACCAGAACACGAGGUACAAGUUUUACUUUUAUGCACACACUGCUGUGGGACCUGGGAUCCAAAGUACACAAGAAGCAGUAACUGCUAUGGAUGAAGGUAAGAUGGCUGUUUUUCCCCAACCUGCUCUGGGUGCAGGCAAAGAGCACAUCUUUGCCACUUCUGCUGUCAUUCACACUGUGCAUCCAACAUAUUACAUGGCCCAGCCAGUCAGGAUCAAGAAUAUCACUGCCGCGGAAACAUCUGCUACUAUUUUGUGGAAUGUUGAGAAUCCAGAAUUGAAGGUCUUUGUUAAAUAUGUAGAACUGAGCAAAGAAGACUGGAAAGAGGAAUCGGUAAAUAGUACUCGGAGUGCUUUGGUAAUAAAAGGUUUAUCUCCUGGAACAUCAUAUAAAGUGCAAGUUUAUUCUGAUGAUCACAAUGAAUUGUAUGCAGAAGAAACAUUUCAGACAGGUCCAGCCAUGGCAAGUCGGCAAGUUGACAUUGCAACGCAGGGAUGGUUUAUUGGCCUCAUGUGUGCGGUAGCCCUCUUGAUAUUAGUUUUAUUGAUUGUUUGUUUUAUUCGAAGAAACAAAGGAGGAAAGUACCCAGUUAAAGAAAAAGAGGAUGCUCAUGCAGAUCCUGAAAUCCAGCCUAUGAAAGAAGAUGAUGGAACAUUUGGUGAAUACAGCGAUGCUGAAGACCAAAAACCGCUUAAAAAGGGAAGCCGGACUCCGUCAGAUAGAACGGUGAAAAAAGAUGACAGCGAUGACAGUUUAGUUGACUACGGGGAAGGAGUAAAUGGUCAGUUCAAUGAAGAUGGCUCCUUUAUAGGACAAUACAGUGGUAAAAAAGAAAAAGAGCCUGUAGAAGGCAAUGAAAGUUCAGAAGCUCCAUCUCCGGUGAACGCUAUGAACUCCUUUGUGUAGACAUUUCCACCUGGUCACAUUCUCUUUUGCAGACUGCCAUGUUUCAUUCAGUGCACUCAGUUAUCAUUCAGUGGUUAUAUGGAAACACUAUGUAGAGGCAUAUUCAUACAUUGAACAAUACAAUCAAAACACAAACUGUUGUAAGUGAUACUGGAUGUCAGUGUGACAGUAAAAUGUCAUCAUCUUGUUCAAAGCGUAAUUGUUUUCUACAGUGUGCAGGAACUGACACCGAAUCUACAAUGUAGCAAGAUGAAAGAAGCCUAAAAUCAUCUUUCCUUUAUGAAAACUGUAAAUGCAUGAAAUGGUACACAUUUCAAAUACAAACUAGUGUAUGUAUGCCAUGGUAUGGUCCUUUGUUAUGCAGUCCUUGCUCUGACACCUGGGUAUAGAGUCCGUUUCCUUUGUCAGUAUUAUAGUAGUGUUACAGUGUGUAAAACUUCAAUGUCUAUAUAGACAUUGCUGGUGAAAUUGGUGAAUUUAUUGUAUAAUAUAUACCAUGUCUUUAUAAAAGACUAGAACAUAUAUAUAUGAUGGCUAAAUAAUUUAAGUAUGACACUUGCAUUUGCUGAUGCUUACUCCAACCCAAAUAUAAUCUUUCUGCGCCCAUUAUUUUAUCGCCUUUAACGUAUAAAGUAUUACACAUUGUAUUUUGUACACCAUGUUAUCAAUCAGGUUAUUUAGAAUGAACAAGUGAUAUGCUUUGCAAUGCAUUCUGGGAUUUGUAUUUUUCAGUCACUGAUGGGACAUUGGAAUGCCAUGAUCAGCAUUACGAACCUGCAAGCAUACUGUUCAGUGCCUUUAUUUGAGAUGCAUUCCAUGGUGCACUGCUUGGCUGGAUAAAAGAGCAAAGUUUGACUAGUGAACUACAGUAUUUUGAUUGCCAAAAAUGUAAAUUGUGUAAAUUAUAAAAAAAAAUAUGAUAAAUGUUAUACUGAAAUGGAGAGUAAUCUUCUGUAUUGUAAAUUGCUGCAGAUCCACUGUUUACUGGUAUUUCUAUGAAUGGCAAAGAGUGCAUAGCACAAACACUAAUCACACUUAGAACUGAAAGCACAGCAUACACCGAAAUCCCUACAUUCUUUACACAUAAAACUGGAGGACAUAUCCACCAGUUCCUUAGAAGGUGUUUCAGAAAACCUUCAACUUGCAGAAAAACAUUAAUUAGAUUCCUAAAUUAAUGAUAAGAAAAUGGAAUGCAAUAGAGAAAGCUGCUAACAAAGAUUAGUAGAGGCGGAUAUUGGGCAUCCGCUAUGAAAACCGUUACUUUGAGUAAGUCAACUUUUCCAAUACUGUGGUUUAGCUUCAUAAAAAAUUAUAUAUAUAACAGCCUAUGGUUGAAGCAAUGCUCAGUUUCAUUUGCCAAUAAAUUGCUUUUUCAUAACUUGCAUCAAGUUUAAUUUUAAGUAAGCUUUUGUAUGUAGAUAUUUUGUUCAAUUUGUAAAUAUACAGAAAGAUUAGAUGCUUUAUGCUUCUAGAUGUUACAAAGAUAUAAAGCAGAGGUAUGUUGUACUGGGUAAGAUAAGAAAAAAAGAUAUAGCUUAUGGAGUGCAUGGUAUUUUUAAGACAUCCACUGAAAUGCAUUUAUUUUGCUGUGAAAACAACAUAGUGAACUAUUGUACUUACUGCAGACUUCUUGAACUUGUGCCCGUAUGUUAUAUAUUGUCAUUCCUUCUUUUAGUAAUGAUAGGAAUAAAGCACAAGUUUGGCAGCUGUGUACCCACACUCCUAGUUUUUCCUUCACUUCAUGUACAUUCUGUAACCCAUCCACCUCUACAGCACAACAUGUUAUUGUGUGUUGAUCGGACCUGAAGAAUUAAAAAGAAUUUAUACAGAUCAAACAUUAAAGCACAAUGGCACAGAAUCUUGGGAUAGAAAAGCUUACCAGUGGCUGUGAUGGUCGUUUAUCAAGGGAAAAAUCACUGUGACAUAAUUCUGUGUUGUGUCAAUUUAUAUUGCAAAAAAAAAAAAAAAUGCUUCAACUUAGACACGGUAAUUUGUCUACAUUCAUGAAGGAAGUAUUUGUCUUCAUAUUGUGACCCCAUUGUGCUUUAUAAUUGACACAAGAGAGCAUGAGAAUUGUGCCUUAGUCCUUGAUCAAUGACCUCCAGACAAGUAACACAUGCUAACACAAAAUAUGCAUGUUCUGUUUCAUCCACAGACUCUCUUGUGUAAAAAUAAAAAUUUUGUAUGAUAAUAAAUGUGUUCCAAUUUA